AUGGCAAGCAUUUCUAGUGAUGAAGAUGCUCAAUAUGUCCCAUCACCAAUUAAAAAGCAUAAAAUGGGAAAAGCUAUAAGUGAGGAAGUAAGAAUCCGGAUUGUGAAUAUGUACAAAACUAUCAUAAUGAAUGAACCUAGCAUCUCCGUGAGACAAAUUCGAAAACAAAUAUCGGAAACAUUGGGUAUUGGCGAACGUUCAAUCCAGACAAUAAUUUCUACAUACAAGGAGACAAACACGGUGGCUGCUCCAAAACAGACACGUAAGAAAAAAUCUUUCCGCGAUCUUUUUGACGAAUUUUCAAAAAACGCAGUACGCAGGCACGUUCAUAGCAUUUGGUUUCGUCGUGAAAUUCCGACGGUUGAUAAAAUCCACCAAGCCGUUUCCGCCGACGACAGUUUGCCAUCAAUAUCGCGUACCAAUUUAUUUCAUCUUUUAAAAGAUUUAGAUUUCCGGUACAAUAAACGCAGUAGGAACAGUGCGAUGACUGAAAAGAAUGAAAUUGUUGGGUGGCGCAGAUGUUAUUUGGAAAACAUUAAACAAUAUCGUGAAGAAGGUCGGCAUAUUUAUUUCCUCGACGAAACAUGGGUGAAUGCUGGCGAUUGUACAUCAAAAACGUGGGUUGACACAACGGUACGAUCUCACCGGGACGCAUUCCUAAAAGGUCUAUCGACCGGUGCUGUUAAUCCCUCGGGCAAGGGCAAACGCCUUAUUGUACUCCAUAUUGGCUCAGAAGAUGGUUUUCUACCCGGAGGUUUAUUGUGUUUCGAAUCAAAAAAAAACACACGCGAUUACCAUGACGAAAUGAAUGGGGACACAUUUCGUGAGUGGAUGGAGGGAAUUCUACCUCUACUACAACCGAACUCCGUAAUUGUUAUGGACAAUGCGUCCUACCAUUCCGUCAAAAUCGACAAAGCCCCAACAUCCUCUACCCGAAAGGCGGAUAUUAUCAAGUGGUUAGAAGAUAAAGGAGAAGUGAUAAAUCACUCAAUGGUCAUCCCUCAACUUCUACUCAUAGUCAAACGUUUGAAGCCACUGCAUAGUAAGUAUGUUAUUGACGAACUUGUAAAAGCCAAUAAUCAUACAAUAUUACGACUCCCGCCAUACCACUGUGAGCUAAACCCCAUUGAGCUGGCUUGGUCAUCAGUGAAGAACCACGUUCGGAUGAAUAAUACCACUUACAAGCUUCCAGAUGUAAAGAAUUUACUGAUAGAAGGCAUAAAACGAGUCGACGCAGAAAUGUGGAAAAAUUUUAUAAGCCACACAAAAAAAGAGGAAACAAAAUUUUAUGAAGUCGACAAUAUCAUAGACGAGGUCUUGUCCGCGGAGAAAUCAGAUGAUUUGUUGAUGACUAUCACUGGAGACACAUCAUCUGAAACGGAUUCAGAUACUGAAUAA